AUGACCGACGUCUGAAUGAUUAACGAAGUUCUACGUAAACACUUUCAAUUUAACACUUUUAAAAUGUUGGACAGAAUCAUUUCUACCCUUUUAUCCUUGUUUUCCGCGUUGGUUAUGGGCACUCCACGAAUUUCUCGCGAAGUGAACGACAGUAGAAGUGCCUUGGAGCAGGAUGGCCAGCUUAAUGAUACGAUUUACAGCGAAUAUGCCUUGUUUGGGGAAGAGAACGUUCCUUCGAGCAGGGAUUAUAUUGAAUUGGGUUAUGAAAUCGAAAGCAGGCGAAGCUACAGGCAGUCGUUCCUCAGAAGUCUCAAGGCAACCCUAACUAUCAUCUCGGCUGUAGUCCCUUUGGUUAUUUUUGGAGUGAUUCUCAUUUAUUUUGAUCUAAGAACAAUCGAUUUGUGUUUUCAAUGGAUGAUAAAAUCAAACAAUACCCUCUCCUUCGAUGUGCAGAGAAUUCGCUUACUGGGCAAUGGAAUUGACGCUGUUGUCGUUAACGUUUUGUUUCCAAUGUUUCUGGCGCUUCUGUUUGGUUGGAAGAAGUUUAAAAGUCAAUAUUCCUUAACCGUAUUGGUUGGGCUGUUAACCGCUCUACUUUAUACAUUGUAUUUGAGCUUUUUACUUCUGUAUCGUGUUUACGACACAAGCCUAUGGUAUCGUGUCCCGGGAAACGUACUGUUUGCAAUCGCUGUUAUAAUGGAAAGCGCUAUUGUGGUUAGCAAGAUCAGACAAUGUGACCCGGGCAUAUCCUACCCAAAUCUACAAAUCUUCAUUAUUGUUGCUUUUCCGUUUUUCCUGGCCUUUGCGGUUGCUAUGUUUUACAGAUAUGCUCUUGUCUACUGGUUUAUUUCGCUUGAAAAUGUCUUAUUCAGAUUCAUUGUGGCCAUUACAGCUCCGACCUUGACGCUCGUGCUCGCAGUUAUUUGCAGGCGCAUGGCGUUACGAUGUAGCUCGCAAGUCGUCAGACCUGAACGAAGCUUUGCCCUUGUUUAUUUCAUACCCGCUACCGGAAUAGUUGUGUAUCGGAUAAUGCAGGCGAAUUUUAAGAAUAUUUGGCUGUUUGUAGGAUUGUGUAUUGUCUCGGGUGUUUCCAGAGUCCUUAAAGUGGCGACUGUAAAUAUCAGGGGGAAGGUCUGGGCGAGAAUCAUCGAGAUUUCGAACAAAAUAUGCUGUUUCACACUGCAUCGUUCGCACGAAGAUACGCCGCAUCAUAGACGACUGAAAGCUGACAUGAAUAUUCAAAAUAUACUGUUUGAUAGCAACUCGUUAAUUCUCAGCCAAGCCUAUAUCGUGCUCUACCACAUCACAAGUUUUGAAAUGUCUGCCUGGACUGUUCUUAAAUCGUUUUUUAUCCUGACUGCGAUCGGACUGGGCAUAGAAAUUGUCUUCAUUUUCUUAGCCACUUUUAUUCAAAUCCACUGGCAUAAUAUACCCAUUGCGCGCGUGUGGUCGAAGAACUGGAGACGACAUGUAUUCGGUAACGGUGUUGUUGUGAUCGGCGUUGUGACGUACUUCACUAAACCGUUAAUCACGGUGUUUCAAAAUCGCUUCCAGAACAACCCAGUCUUCGGUGCGAAGAAUUACACCAUAAGAAACUGUACUCCCUCCUAUAAGAACUGGUAUUGAUAAACAAGCUAUCGGCUUAGACCAUCUCGCCCAUGUUUCUAACAAUACUUCAUCAUGAGGAUUUUGCAUAGAUUAUAGUUUGUUAUUGAUAAAGCAGUAAUGCGUUGCAGUGAGUCGAUUUGCUGCCCAUAUACUUUGCAAGUCAACAGACUAGGUAUAAAGCAUCCACCAGAAGUUAAUUUGCCGUGAACCUAUAGUUAUAUAAAGAGUCUUUAUGUAAUCAUUGUUUUCUAACUGGCUAUAGUCAUUAGUUACUGACACGGUUCAAUGUGUUUGUUAAUUGGCAGUGAGUGGCCUAUUCUAAACUUGAGUGUUUCCUCAAUAGCGUCUUCCUGUAUUCUCAAACUAUUAAAUUUUGAAGUGCUAAU